AUGCCGUCGCCCUUCUCUGUGGCCGGGAUGGCCUCGACGUCUACCUCGCACCUCAAUAACCCAAACCUUAACUCGUGGGGCGCGUCCAGCACGUCCGCGCAACACGCCCCACUCGGCAACUCGUUCUCUGACUCUUUGUCGAUGUCGCAAUCGAGGACACACUACCAGCCAGGAUACAUCAUGGGGGCUUCGCAGUCGGGUGGCUCGCCAACUGGGGGGAACCAGCGCGUCGACGAGCCGCCCGUUGUGCAAACCAAAGCGAAGAUGAACCAUGCCUUCUCGCGCGGGGGCGGCCGCUCCGACUCGGACUUUGGCGGGAUGGAGUCCAUGUUCCAGAGCUCGAGGCAGCGACAAGCACUCGCGGACGAGGAUGCGCCACCCAUGAGCUCCGUAAACGACAUCCCUACCGAGAUGUAUGCGGAUUCGUCAUUCCAGCCACGAACUUCUACCUUUGGUGCCUCUGCCUUUGGACGACCCCGUCCAAAACCACAAACAACUACGACAACUUCCCAAUCGCCCAGCCUCUAUAUAAUCGUCUUUGGGUACCCCGCAGACAAAUACAGUCUGACAGUCGAAUACUUCAAGUCUCUUGGCGAUGCCUCCGACGCGGACCCGCAUGCUGAGAUCAUCAACUGCUUCAAGAUUGGCUACCGGGACCCCGCAGACGCAAUGCGGGCCGUCCGCAAGAACGGGGAGGUAUUGGGAGGGAGCUGGAUGGUUGGCGCCAAAUGGGCGGACCCCGCUGCGGCGGAAGCACUGCUCAGUCAGGCAACAGCGCGGUUUAGCUCUCCGGAGCCACAGCCCUCAACGUCUGGCUCGAUGUUGAUGGCAGUCGACAGCCCGAGUCCGACUCCGCCGCCUCAUUCGUUCAACUCGCAUACACCGAUGGUAGGCACGCCCAUCAAGCUCGCGCCAUCUUCUUCGGCUUUCCGCCGGGGUGUCCCGAAUGCGCCAUCCAAGCCUGCAACGCCGGUGCCACAGGCCGCACCAACGCUGCCUCCAGCGCCGGGACAGGCGAGUCCGAGCAAGGGAAUGUUAGGGCAGGUUUCGGAUAUGAUUUUUGGAUGGUAG